UUGUUUUUAUUUACGUCUCGAGUUACAGGUGUCUGAUAAUGACUGAGGAAAUCGACGUAUUAAUGGCAGCAGCAAUUGGGGCUCUUUUCGUGAUAUUUCUCGCCUCCCUCGCUAUUUUAAUUUACAUUUGUUGGCGUCAACGGCGGAACACUAAUUGGGAACGUUUGGAAAAAAUUAAAGGCAAGAAAAAAUCCGAUUCUGAGCCCGAACUCGCUCUCGCUUUGAGUGAAAUCGGUUUGGGAAACGCUUUGGAGCAAAUUCUCAAUGACGAACAUUGGAUGCAAGAUGCUUCUGGCUUGCUGCCAAUUUGUUUGGAAGUUCUCCGUACGUGUCACAGUCUCACCGAACGCCUCUGCAAUUUAGCGAUGAUGGGCGGAACUGGCAGCAAAUCAUCGAAAUUUGUGUCGCCCAACAAAUUAAUUGAUUUCGCGAAACGAAUUCCGAGUCGCGUUGACGAUGUUGUCAAGUCGAUGUAUCCGCCGUUGGAUCCGAGAUUGCUUGAGGCACGAACAGCUGCCUUGAUUCUCGCUGUGGGGCAAUUAACGUUGCUCGUUCAGACGUCGUGUGGGAUCAACAAGUCGCAAUUGGCGUGGAUUGAGAGCGGAUUGGAUGAACUUGAUGGGCAUUUGGCGGUUUUGAGAAAGGCUUCGAAUGAGAUUGAAGCGACUUAUUUGAGCUCGAAUGCGAAUUCGCAAGUUUGAAAAGUCUUCCAUGAGGAAAAAAAAUUUUUUUUUUGAAUUAUUUUGAGGGAAUCUCGAGUAGAAUAGAAUUUUAAUCACAUAAAAGGGGGAUGCAAUGAGGAAAAGUGUUUCAUGUUACAUUAAUUUCUAAAAAAUUUUAUUAUAAAAGUUAGUGAAAAAUAUUUUUUUAAUUUUUAAAAAAAAAUUUAAUGAAUUAACAAGAAGGCGAUUUUCAAAUUUCAUAUCUUCAAA